AAAUUAUAAAAAUUAUAAAAAUAUUUAAAAUUCUGUACAAUCGAAUUUUUAUAAUUUUUCUUAUUAUUUUCGUAUAUCUUGAAAUAAGAGAUUAUUGCUACUUAAAACAUAAGAGGAUCAAAUCUUUACACAAAUGGGAAACUUUCAUUUUCCUAGAAUAUUCAGUCAAAUAUUCUCAUUUUAGAGAGAGAAAAGAUGAGUUUUUGAGUUACUUGUUUCUUUUGUUCUAACUAUUUUACCUACAUAAACUUAAACACCACCAGAGAGCUUUAACUUAUUUUCAGACUAUUGAACCCAAAAUCUAGGAGAAACCUAGCAACAUCUAAUGUAAUGCCAAAAUGCCUAGAAAAAACAAUAUUCAACCCUUUGUACUUUACGGACAAAAAAAGUCCAAAAAUGAAAAAUCUUGUCUUUUUCCCACUUAGUUUUUCGAUCAUUUCUAAGAUACUAAUUAUGAAACUUGUAGCUAAAACACUUAGUUUUUCUUAGUCACCUCCGUCCAUUGCCUAACUAUAAAAACACUUCACUACCCUUCACUCUGUUCCAACCUUUCUCAAAUCUAAACAACAAAAAAUAUAUAUGUAUAUAUAAAUAUUAUAAUAAUAAAAAUGGCUGCUUUCUCAUAUCCAGCUUCCUAUGCUAUAAGAUGUUCUUCUUGUAAUAGGGAUAGUAAUCAUCAACAAGACCCAAAUGUUCAAAAGUUGAAUAAUAUCAAGAUUAAUGGAAGGUCAAGCUCUCAAAGUGAUAUACUUAGUCAAAAGAUUGGUGCUUUGCCAAACUCUUGUUCUUCUUUGACUUUUGUUACUAAAAAUGAGUCCUUUACUGCUGAGAGAACUAGACAGAAUAUCCCAACUAAGAAGCAAUUGGUUGACCCUUUUCGCCAAGGGCUAAUGAUUGAAGGUGGAGUUGGGUACAGACAGACUGUUGUUAUUAGAUCUUAUGAAGUUGGUCCUGAUAAAACUGCAACCUUGGAAAGUAUCCUUAAUCUUCUUCAGGAAACAGCAUUAAAUCAUGUAUGGAUAUCAGGACUACUCAGUGAUGGUUUUGGUGCCACACAUGGAAUGAUGAGAAACAAUCUCAUAUGGGUUGUUUCAAGAAUGCAAGUUCAAAUUGAACAAUAUCCAAUUUGGGGAGAGAUAGUAGAAAUUGACACAUGGGUUGGAGCAUCAGGGAAGAAUGGAAUGCAACGGGAUUGGUUGAUUCGAAGUCAAGCCACCGGCCAUAUUUUAGCCCGCGGAACCAGUACAUGGGUGAUGAUGAACCGAAAAACAAGGCGACUCUCGAAGAUGCCAGAAGAGGUGAGGGAUGAGAUUUCUCCUUGGUUCAUAGAGAAGAAAGCUAUCAAAGAAGAUGUCAUUGACAAAAUUGUCAAAUUGGAUGAUAAAGCUAAGUACAUGAACACCAACUUGAAGCCUAAGAGAAGUGAUUUGGACAUGAACCACCAUGUGAACAAUGUCAAGUAUGUAAGAUGGAUGCUCGAGGCUAUACCCGAUAUUAUUUUGGAGUCACACCAACUAUCCGAAAUCACCCUAGAAUACCGAAAGGAAUGUGGGAGUACAGACAUAGUUCAAUCACUUUGUCAACCUGAUGAAGAAGGAAGAGGAUUGCUUAACAAUGGAGUAACAAACCAAGAUAUUAAUCAAAUCAAUCUACUAAACACUUUAGCAACUGAAUUCAUCAAGAACAAUGGACUCAUGGGAUCUUUUGAGAUAGGAUCAUUAAGGUACACUCAUCUCCUCCAAACUAAAGGGGACACUAAAAAUGAAGAGAUUGUUAGAGGAAGAACCAAAUGGAUCAAGAAAAAGCUUCCUAUAAUUCCAUAACAAAAACAAAAAAAAACCUAUAAGGUCUUUUUCCCAAAAGCUUGUCUACCAUGUCAUGACACACUAACCCUACAUUGGGGUGGCCUUGAAAUAAUCAAUCAAGAAAAAAAAGAGGAAAAUCAUGAUGUUGACUCAUAAGGGUUGAAGAUUCUAAUAAUGGUGUCAAAUGUGUAUAAUGAAUAGUGUUGAUUGUGAUGGUGAAACGUUUAGCUCUAAGCUUAUAGGGUUGGUUCAUGGUUACCAACAAAAUGGGGUAUCUUUAAGAAAAAAGAAGAGGUUGACAUUGGAUUGUUUGAGUCUUUAUUGUCUCAUAUGAAGAAUUAUUUGGUGUGUGUGUGUAGACAAAUGUAAUGUGGAAAUCACUAUUCAAUGUAGUACCUUGUAUAAUUAAAUUAAUAUAAUAGGAAAAUUAAGUUGUUCUUUUUUUAUGUAA